AGUUUAUCGCUCAGGGAAUAUACAGGAGUUGAGCGGACCGCAGCAUCAUCCAGCGAGGCCGGUCACGCAGGCGCCAAGAUGCAUGAAGUAGAUCAGGACCAAUUUAUCACCUUAGAGCUCGGAGAUCUGCCAGACGAUUUAUCUGAAUUCAUGAAAGAUGAUUACCUGCCGUUGAUCGACACAGAUGUGCUCUUCGGCGAUGUGUGGUUGAAUGGAGAGGACUCCAACAACUUCAGUGAUGUUGCUUUGCCAACAGAGCUGCCGUGCACAGGCAGCCACCAGCAGAGACAAAAGAACAAAGUAACGGGCAAAACAAACAGUGGGAGAAAAAGAAAGAGAGCUACGACGAUCCUCAAGUCUACCCGGGCACAGCGGCGCACUGAUGAGAACACACCAUCCAAACCAAAGAAACGAAGAGCUGCAGAUAAACCGCAAGGGACAGAUGAACAGCAUGAGCCAGCUGUCACUCAGAGCACUGACACAGGAUUAGAGCAAAAUCCUGCUGAGGCAGCAGGCCUUACCACCACUCCACCAAGGAUCCUUCACCUCCAUCCCCCCAUUCAGUUUAUCUUCCCAGAUUCAGGAUAUGUUCAGACUCUGAGGCUCUCUCCUCCAGUUAUUGGUCUUCCACUCCUGCUUCCAUUAUUAGUUCCUGCUGCCUCAACGCCUUGCAAACGUCAAGUGCAACCACCCUCCCCGGUGGACGGUGCAGUAGCCCCAGUUCAAAUGAGUUCAUCGCCACCGGGAUCCAUGUCAGACACUGCUAGCAAAGCCAUGCCUCCCCUUUGUAACUCACCUGGCUCCCCCAGUAAUGAGAUGUCCCCAUGUAAAGAACCACCUCUACCUCAGUCCCCCACUGUCCUUGAUAUUCCACAGGUUGUCCAGGACUACAUUCAGAAAGUCAAAGCCCACAUGAGCCAAACUUGCCAGGAUAUGGAGGAGGGCCUUACCCUCAGCUCUCAUUAUGUAGAUAUGCAAGUGAGCCGGAGAGAGAUUCUUCGCUCUGGAAAAAGUGCAAACAAAUGCCUGGAUAAGGAGCUCAUCAACAUGGGAGAUACAGAUCGGCAAAAAAGCUUGUUGAGGCAGAGUCAGAUCUUCGAAGGCUCAAAUGGAGAUAAAUCCAAACACUGCAUAUUGCUACUUGGAAAUGCGGGCAUGGGAAAAACCACCCUGAUCAGGAAGCUGUGUCUUGACUGGUCCAUAGACUGCAUCCCACAGUUUGACUUUGUCUUCUUAUUAGACGGCAAAGCGCUCACUUUAACCAAGCCGACCUUUAGCCUUCAGACCCUCCUGUUAAACCUUUCCUCUUUUGCCCCUUCCUGCAUGGACCCCGAGGCAGUGUACGCUCAAAUCCUUGCAGCCCCGAAGCGUGUGCUCAUUGUUUUUGAUGGGUUUGAUCAGUUACGGGACUACGAAAGUCUACUCCAGACUCAAGAAAAAGACUUGAUAGCAUCGUUGCAGAAAGACAGUAAAGCACAGACCUACACAGUAAGACAGUUAUACUCUGCCAUCCUUCAGAGGGUGCUUCUUCCAGGAUGCACGCUUCUCCUCGCUACACGGCCAAGAGGCACUGCCAGCCAGCUUCUGCGGCGGGCGGACAGCUUUCUGGAGGUAUGUGGCUUUUCUCCCACAGAUGUAGAGACAUAUUUGUCCCAGUACUUCACCGAUCCUGCCCUCAGAGCGUCUGCUUUGGACUGGUUAAAAAACUGCACUUAUCUACAUCUCCUCUGCUGGAACCCUGGACUAUGUCGGCUGGUGUGCUUGGUUUUGGAGCAGUCCAAAAGUUUGGAGGACCUACCGAGAACUUUAACCGGGCUCUGCCAUCAAGUGCUUCGUUUGAAAAUGGACAAGGACAAUAGGAGCACACAUUCGCAGGCUGAAGAUCCAACACAAAUAUCUUUGCAGGCUGAAGAUCCAACACAAAUAUCUUUGCAGGCUGAAGAAGAAACCCAGACACAAAUCUCAAGUAAUAUUCAAACAAAAAGGUGUCACAAAAAUACUCACAAGAGGUCCAGAGUACAGGUUCGCACUCGCUCUCGUACCCAAAGAACAAGGAGGGCAAAAGAGAAGGAGGAGGAGGAAAAUGAAGUGGAUGGAGAGGAGAUGAACAGUGGUGGAAGGGAGGCAGAUAGGACAGAGGAGAGAGAGUUGCUGUCCCAGCUGAGCUCUUUGGCCUGGGAGGGGGUCAAAGCCAACUCGUCCAUCCUUCCCACAGGACGAACGUUAUCUGACAAACUCAAAGCUUUCGGCCUCAGAAUGAGGCUCUUCCUCUCUCACCCCCUGAGGACAAGACUGGUUGUGUUAAGUGGUGAAGGGAAGGAAGGAGGAACACAGGACAAGGACGAAGUGGGAGGAGGAGAGAAAGGAGACAGGAAGGGAAACAGAGUUGGGACGGAAAUUAACAACGUUGAUGCCAAUGAUGAUUACAUCGUGUUGUGGGCCAACCCUUUCCUUCAGAGUUACUUGGCAGGUGUCCAUCUGUCUUUGUCGAGGACUUUGUCAGACCGAAAUUUCCUCCAGACUCUCCCUUUCCAGUCAGGCCCGAAGGGACGUCGACGACCUCAACGAGAGGAGCUCGAGCUCACUCAGCGAUUUACAGUUGGCCUCCUUUUCCACAAAAGAACAGAGCUGCAGAGGCUUCACUCAAACACAGAGACAUCCUUUAGAAACAUGGUGGUCAACAAGCAGGCUUUAGUUACAAAACACCUUGAAGGUCUUUCUCAUGGUGACCUGAGUCCAGCCCAGGUCCUGGAGGCAUGUCAUUAUGUUUAUGAAGCGAAUUUCACGCACAGCGAUGGAAGCGGAGGCACUGGCAGCUCACGAUUGGUCACUCACCUGGCGGCGAAUCUCCCAGAAGUCCUGACAUUUCAUGGAGUUCCACUCAACCCACCGGAUGUCUUCACCCUGCAGAAUGUUCUGGAAAGGGGUGGAACUGAAGGGAGAAGUUUCUGCUUGGAUCUGGAGGAUUCUGGGAUACAGGUUUCUGGACUGAGGGCACUGGUGGGGCUCAAGAGCAUCAACACAUACAGGGCAUGCAUUGCUGAUGUUAUCACCCUGUGGGAGCAGCUGGAGCAGAGUGGUGAGGAGGGGCUCCUACGAGGGGCGGUGUCCAAGUUAAAUAUCCACCCUCUGAAAGCCACGCAGGUCUGUCAUGUGGAGCACCUGGCAAAGCUGGUGAACAUACAUAUGCACAAGAGGCUGACGGACAGUUGCAGCCAAUCAGAUUCCAUCCUGGCAGAGGGAGUGCCAGCAGUCAAAGAGCUACACAAGCUGGAGUUUGAGCUUGGUCCAGAGAAAGGUCCACUGGGUCUUCCCAAACUGUGGGAGCUCCUGCCAGGUCUACAGAACCUUCAGCACCUAGAUCUAGAGAACAGUAAGAUAGGGGACAAAGGUGCAGAGAAGCUGGCUGAUGCGUUAGCCUCACUCUGUUCCCUGGAGAUUCUCAAUCUGUCACAGAAUUGUAUUGGAGACAACGGGGUGAAGAAACUGGCGUCCACGCUGAGUGAUCUGCCCAAGCUGCACUGUUUGAGUCUCUACAGUAAUGUGAUUUCUGACGAAGGGGCAGAGAGUUUAGCAGCCGUCCUCCCACACAUGGCGUCUCUCACAGAGCUAGAUGUGAAGUAUAACAAGCUGACAGAUGUCGGAGCCCAGAGCCUUGGAGCCAGUCUGAGAAAAUGUCAAAAGAUAAAGACUUUAAGGAUGUGGAACCAGUGUAUUCCAUACGGAGUGUUUGAGCGUCUUCAGCAGCAGGACAGUCGGAUCCUUUGGCAUUAGAGCAAUGUGAAACCUCUUUACUACAAGGCUAUGAACUUUUUAAAAAAAAAAAUUUUUAUCAUGCAUCACAAUGCAUACACAUUUACACUACACAAUACAUUUUCCAAAGCAUGAAUGCUUAAGAGCAAGAACGAACAGAGUAUGAGGAAGAGAGUCAUUUGCUGCUUUAUUCAAACAUUUAUCUUGUGAGGUUCUUUCUAAGAUUUCAUUCAGUGUGAGAAAUAAUGAAUCCUUUAGCGCCACCCAGUACUGCACACAGUGUAGGGGUGUGUGGUAAUGCCAGAACAAAUUGUAGAAGCACAUUUGCACUAUGAUGUUUGCUAGUUUUUUAUGUUACCAAUUAUAAAUGUUUUUUUUUUCUGUCUGAUAUCAUUUCCCAAGUGGUAUUGAGUUCUGUAUUUUUUUUUGUACACGUGUGUUCGUGGAAACAAUGCCAUAUCUGUUUACAUGUUUCCUGUGUCUGUACAGUUUAAUAGGCUAACAGUCAUCUGACACUUGUUUAUAAUUAAAUGGUGUUAUGCUGUCACCAGUCACAUGU